UAGUAUAUCGAGAUCUAUGUAUUUAUGCUUCGGACCUUGAAAUUAAACAUGUGCCCAUGUAUAAGUAACCUGAUUACUGUAGUUGUCAUGUGAAAAUAAAUUCCUACUCUUUUGUGACAACCAACUCUGAUACGGCCACGUAUCUACCUAUAUAGACUAGCUCGCGGUAGAUUGAUAUCAGUUGAAGUACCGACAGACGAAAAAAAUUUAACGACGCUUGUCGACAACUAGACCUCAAUUCUGCUCAAUCCUCCCCGUGGAAGAAAAGUUUUGAAGUACACAUUUUGAUUCCCUUCUAACCGAGUGAAUUAAAAAAAGAAGAAAGUCAGGCGAACGUAUGCAUUACUGAUUGGACCGACGAUUUCUUCGUUGUAGUAUUUGUUAUCGCAUUUCUAAAACUAUCGACGCCAAUAAAAUGAUUGUAAAUGCACCAAAAUUAAAGUUCUACAAUGGCAACACAGUGCCGAUCCUCGGUCUGGGUACAUUUAAGCCUAAAAAAGGAGACAUGACACAAAUAAUUAAAGAUGCAAUUGAUAUCGGGUAUAGACAUUUCGACUGCGCUCAUUUUUAUGGCAACGAGAAGGAAGUGGGUGCUGCUAUCAACGCCAAAAUAAGGGAAGCUGUUGUGAAGAGAGAAGAUCUGUUUAUCACCAGCAAGUUGUGGAAUACGUUUCACAGCCCCAAUCUGGUUGAACCAGUCAUCAAACAGACGCUAACCGAUCUUGGUCUCGAUUACAUAGAUCUCUAUUUAAUUCACUGGCCAUUUGGAUUCAAAGAGGGCAGUGAUCUCUUCCCUCUAAAUCCUGACUGUACCUCCACUUUGAGCGACGUAGAUUACCUCGAUACUUGGAAAGCCAUGGAAGGUGUGUUGUCCAAAGGUCUGACGAAAAACAUCGGUGUCAGUAAUUUUAAUUCCGAGCAGAUUACCAGAUUACUCAAGAAUGCAACAGUUAAACCAGUUACAAAUCAGAUCGAAUGUCAUCCAUACUUAACACAAAAGAAACUGUCUGAUUUUUGCAAGGAAAAGAGUAUUCUUAUUACAGCGUACAGUCCACUUGGGUCACCAGAGAGAUAUUUUGGCAAUGUAAAUAAUGUUCCAAAUUUGUUGGAAAACAAAAAAUUAAUUGAGCUUGGACAAAAGUAUAACAAGACUCCUGCACAAAUAUUUAUUCGUUAUCAAGUGGAUCGUGGCCAUAUAGUGAUUCCCAAGUCAGCUGCCAAAUCACGAAUUGCUCAAAACAUCGAUGUAUUCGACUUUACACUUUCACCUAAGGACAUUACUUAUAUUGACACGUUUGAUUGCAAUGGAAGAAUUUUUAAUUUUGAAAUUGCAAGUGCCAGCCCGUAUUAUCCGUUCCAUAUUCCAUUCUAAUUGUAAGUAAUCAAAUUGAGUGAGUGAGGCCAUGAGCCAUUAUACCUGUAUUAUAUAUUUUACUAAACUGCUUGCUUUAAAACACUGCAUG